AGAAAUAAGAGAAUUUUUUCUUGGUUUUUGUAUGCUGAGCUCGGUCACAUUAGGGUUCUGAAAUUAUUUUCGCUUUGGGCUUUGUUUUCGGUUCUGUUGAUUGCAGGAGGGUUCACAUUAGAGUGAUUCUAAGCAAGUUAGGCUUAUAGAAAGUAAAUUUUAAGAAAGCAAGAGUUAGGUUAUGGCGACGGAGUCGUCGGAAGGAGAAGAUGAAGGGAAAGUUACAGGUGGGAAUCCGGUGCUGAUAGUAGAAGAUGACCUUAGAGAAAUGGGGAAGAAGGCGGCCUGGAGUGUCAGCUCUUGCAAGCCCGGCAAUGGUGUCUCUUCUCUCCGCGACGACAACCUCGAAACCUAUUGGCAAUCAGAUGGUGCACAACCCCAUCUGGUUAAUAUUCAAUUCCAAAAGAAGGUUAAGCUUCAAUUAGUUGUUCUUUAUUUGGAUUUCAAGCUUGAUGAGAGCUAUACUCCGAGUAAGAUAUCCAUUCGUGCCGGUGAUGGCUUCCACAACCUGAAGGAGAUAAAAACAAUGGAACUUGUCAAGCCAACUGGUUGGGUUUAUCUAUCCUUGUCUGGAAAUGAUCCUAGGGAAACUUUUGUCAACACUUUUAUGUUGCAAAUUGCUGUGUUGUCAAACCAUCUGAAUGGGAGGGAUACUCAUCUACGCCAGAUCAAACUUUAUGGACCUCGACCGAACCCUAUUCCCCAUCAACCAUUUCACUUUACUUCGAGGGAGUUCAUUACCUACUCUUCUGUGAGAUGAGAAAGGUGACACGGCAGAACUUUGUUGAGUUGAGUAGGAGGAAAGCAUGCUGCUUACGGUAACCAGAUCAUUAUAAAAACCAUGGGGAUAAAUCUCUAGUUAUGUAUAUUUGUGACAUUUUAUUUUCUCAAUUCUAAAAUUAAUACAAUUUUUGUACGGUCCCUUGUUGCCAGAAAUCUUGGUAGUUUGAUUUGUGAAGUGAUUGCUUAGUGUA